UAAUGAGUACAGAGACGACUGAAUUUAUUCCUAAAAGAAUGGCAGUUGCAGUAGCAAUCUUGAUCUUAUUCUUACUCCAUUAUGCAACCCUCCUUAUUAAUGCAAUCUCCAAGGGUCCAGAAUAAAAAGAGUAUGUCAACAGAAGAGUGUUUCUUUUUGGAAUAGCAGGUCUGUUAAUUAUAUACUAAAACUAUUAGGCUUAUUGAGUAUGUCAACUAUACAAAGUAGUGUAUUCUCAGCUAUACUUGCAUGGCUUACUUUUGUCCCACUUGCUGUAUUACAUUUAUGCAUUUAUGAAAAAUUUCAAAAUUUGAACAAUUACAAAGACACUCUCUGGUUGGCAUAUUAUGGAUUACAAUUUGUUUGGUUCCUAGGGAUUAUUAUAGAUUUCUAUUCAUGAU